GCCGCGCGUGCCCCGCUGUGUACGGGCUCACACCUGCCUGUGCCCGGCAGCAGUGCACAGUGGGCCAGAGACCAAGGAAAAGGUGGAUAGAGAAGGUCUGAAUGGACUGACAGUAGACUCCAGGAGAGAUACAUGGCCAGCUCCCAAGAGGCACAGGAGCAGUUUGGCGUUGGGUGCCCCGGCACAGACCUCCGACUUCCCUUUCCUUUCCAGCGCAAACUGAUCUUUCCUCUGAGUUUUUUGGGUUGCUUUGGUGGCAGCCACUUGGCCGCCUCUUCUUUCUCCCUCCACAAUGGUGAGGUGGUUUCACCGUGACCUGAGUGGGCUGGAAGCUGAAGCCUUACUGAAGGGACGAGGUGUCCAUGGGAGCUUCCUGGCCAGACCCAGUCGGAGGAAUCAGGGGGAUUUUUCUCUUUCAGUCCGGGUUGGUGAUCGGGUAACCCACAUCCGCAUCCAGAAUACUGGGGAUUUCUAUGACCUGUAUGGAGGGGAGAAGUUUGCCACCUUGUCAGAACUGGUGGAGUACUACACACAGCAACAGGGCUCGCUGCAGGACAAAGAUGGAACCAUCAUCGACUUGCGAUACCCGCUCAACUGUUCUGACCCCACAACAGAGAGGUGGUACCAUGGGCAUCUGUCAGGCCCUGCAGCUGAGUCACUGCUCCAGGCCAAAGCUACUCCUUGGACCUUCUUGGUGCGGGAGAGCCUCAGCAAACCCGGGGACUUUGUCUUGUCUGUCCUCACUGACCAGCCUAAACCUGGGUCUGAUGCUCCAGCUGGGGCAACUGGUGCCUCUGGGACCCGUCUCAAAGUCACACACAUCAAGAUCAUGUGUGAGAAUGGACGCUACACAGUUGGAGGUGCUGAAAUGUUUGACAGCUUGACAGAUCUGGUGGAGCACUUCAAGAAGAUUGGAAUUGAGGAGAUGUCUGGUUCCUUUGUGUACCUGAAGCAGCCCUACUAUGCUACAAGGGUGAAUGCUGCUGACAUUGAGAACAGAGUGCAGGAACUGAACAAGAAGACAGGUCUCUCUGAGGAGACAUCCAAGGCUGGAUUUUGGGAGGAAUUUGAUAGCCUGCAAAAACAGGAAGCUAAGCACCUGUUUGACCGUCAUGAGGGCCAGAGACCUGAAAAUAAGAGCAAGAACCGAUACAAGAACAUACUACCUUUUGAUCACUCCAGAGUCAUCCUUCAGGGAAGGGACCCAAAUACACCUGGAUCUGACUACAUCAAUGCCAACUAUGUCAAGAACACCCUGAUAAGCCCAGAUGAGUGCACCAAGACCUACAUCGCCAGCCAGGGCUGCCUGGAUGCCACAGUCAAUGACUUGUGGCAAAUGGUGUGGCAGGAGAACACGCGCAUUAUUGUGAUGACAACACGGGAGGUAGAAAAAGGCCGGAACAAAUGUGUGCCUUACUGGCCAGAGCUGGGCAGCACGAAGGAGUAUGGUCCCUACCUUGUGCAGAACACUGGGGAGCACGAUGCACUGGAGUACAAACUCCGGCACCUCUGCGUGUGCCCGAAGGAUAACGGCAAGGCUGUGCGUGAGAUCUGGCACUACCAGUACCUGAGCUGGCCUGACCAUGGUGUACCCAGUGAGCCAGGAGGAGUCCUCAGCUUCCUCGACCAGAUAAACCAGAAGCAAGAGAGCAUCCCCAACGCAGGGCCUAUUGUGGUACACUGCAGUGCUGGGAUUGGCCGCACUGGGACUAUCAUCGUCAUUGAUAUGAUAGUGGAAACAAUCUCCACCAAGGGGCUGGACUGCGACAUUGACAUCCAGAAGACCAUCCAGAUGGUGAGGGCCCAGCGAUCUGGGAUGGUGCAAACAGAGGCCCAGUACAAGUUCAUCUACAUGGCCAUCUGCCAGUUCAUAGAAGCAACCAAGAAAAAGCUGGAAGUUAUCCAGUCUCAGAAAGGCAAGCCAAAUGAGUGUGAGUAUGGGAACAUCGCCUACCCCCCUGCAGUGAGGAAUGCACACCCCAAGGUUUCACGAAAACCCUCCAAGCAGAAAGAGGAGUCAACAGUGUAUGAGAACUUGGGGAAAAAGGAGGAGAAGGUGCGGAAACAACGCUCCUCAGAGAAGAAGCUGAAAGGCUCACUAAAGAAAAAAUAAUCAUACACUGCAGGUGGCCCCAUAGGGAUUUGAACCUGGGCUGCAGGACUGGAGCUUACAUCCCAGCUGGCCUGUAUCACAUUCCUUGCUCUUGGACUGGAACGAAGCCUUCCCCUUCUCUUCCAUGCCAGCUUUCAGUGCCGUGAACCAGAACACUUUUCAGCUCAGCUGACCGACUCUGUGGUCCCUUGCCUGUGCAGGCAAAGUCUCUUGCUGCCCCCUCAUCAUCCAUUAGCAGGAAAAGGUCACGCCCCUCCUUUCCUUGCUCCCUGAGCACCAGGCCCCAAACUCACCUUUGGUGGGCCAGCUUCAGUGGAAUUCUCAGGGAAGAGCUAAGGAAGGUCGUCCCAGGAGCUACAUCUCUGCCCACUGCCGUGAGUUAAAGUUUAGCUGGUUUGUGUUUCCUGAAGCCUCAGCCUCAGUAUGGAGGUUUUGGCCUGUUUCAGCUCAGCUCCUCUGCAAUUCAACAGACUUCCUCUUUCCUUAAUACCAACCUUCUGCCCCUCAUAUCCUUUUGCUAUCUCAUCCUUCACCUGGAUGCUGUAAAUAUACCACAGUUUGAUGUGAUGGCUGUAUUUUCUUCUUUGUUUGUAAAUAAACUUGUAUUUGUUUGACUA